GUUGUACACCUGAAACUAAUAUAAUGUUAUAUGUCAAUUAUAUCUCAAUCAAAAAAAAAAGAAAACAAAAGGAUACAAAAGUUUGAGUCAUCUCUCUCAGCAAUGCCUUACUUAAAAGAAGCAAGAUCAUGCCAACUUUUAGGGACAUCGGCUAAAAACAAUUUGGAAUACCUAAAAGGGCUAGAUGAGGAGGUAUCUGCUAGACCUUUGACAUUUCACCACAUGCCCCAUGGUUUCCCCUACUUGGAGCUGUUCACCAUGAAAUGGUAUUUACUUACCAGUGUCAUACUAGAAUCACAGAGCUGGCCUGGGGGGAGAGAAAGCUUUUAACUAAAAAAGGGAGUAACCCUUUUCAAGCUAUUUAGUGAGUCAAUAGGAAAGAAAAUGAGAAAUCUGAUGACAUAACUCUGAUAUUGACAAAUAAGAGAGUCCAGAACUUGCAGACGGACUGAAAAAUGAAUAAAAUUGAAUGGAAGGGAAUAAGAAGAAAAACAAUAAUCUCAUGUUCCAGCUAAGCUGGUGUUCAUGCUGUACUGAUUGCACCAUAACAGAAACCUUUCUAGAGAACAAAAUAAACACCUGCUCUAAGAGUAGUUGAGAUGAUCAUUCACUGCUGGAGAAACUUCGUCCCAGAGGCCAACUAAUGGGCUCCUGAGGAAAGAGAAUAUUUGGGAUAUGAUUGACAAUCUUCCCUCAUAAAUCCUCACUUUUUGAAUUCACAGGAGACUGUAUCCCUUAGGAGGAGGAUAGGUUUCAGACAGCAUAGGUAAGUCUCUCUUGUGCACCAAGUAUGCCAAUUUCUCUCCAAACCUUAUUGGUGUUCAGCAGUGUAAGCCCCGUCUCUAGACUGGUGGCUACCAAGGAUGCCAUUCCCUCAUCUUGCCUGCCUUUUGCUGUAGUGAAAUUAGAGAUUACAAGUCAAAUCUGCCAGUUCUAUGAGGAGAUGGGUUCAGAAGAGAUACAAGUAAAGGACUGUUGUUAGGUGUGCUUUUUAGCUUUGCCUUCUUUUGGAUGGCUGUAGAAAUAAUAGCACCUGAAGUUACAUGAAUGAAUGUAGAGAGACUCAUCUUUACAGCUAAGAGCGCUGGGAAUCAGGGAAGUGAGAGAGACGAGAGGAGGAAGGAGCCUCAAUAGUAUGUAAAUUUUGUCCUUAUUAACCAGGAGGUGCACCCAGUCAGAACCAGUUCUUUGGGGGAACAGUAUGUUAGCAAAGUGACAUCUGGAAAUGACUGACAAAGUGGCUAUGAGGAACAAGGCAGGAAAAAAACUUCAGCUCUUCCUGUUUUUAGCCACGUUUGGCUCUGCCACAGAGCAGAUUGUGAGGAGGCAGAACGACAAGAUGAUUGAGCACUCCAGAUUGGUGAGUUCACUCCCACAUAGUUUACAAAGCCACUGACAUCCUCAUACACAUUAGUCACCAGAUAUUUCUUGCUGCUUUCACUCUUUUCUCAUGCUUUCUUUGGCUUCUGAGUUACUCUCAGUUCCUGAUACAGAGGAAUUAUUCACAGCUUUGCUGUGCCAAACAUGAUCUAUUCACAGACUGAAGAGGCUUACAGUUAAGUGUGAUGUGGAAAAUUCUGAAUUUCUCUCAUCUCUUGUUUCACUAAUUGCAGUUGUCAAGAUCAUCCUUAAAGUAAUGAAAUGAAGUGAUCUGAAAAGUAACACAUUUUGUAAAUAAUAAAUUAAUAAAUAUUCUUAGCUAGAAUCCUUAAGAAAAAUAUCUGGGUCUGUAUUCUGUACUUAUAUUUUCCUGAAUAAAUAUCAUCACUCAGUCAUGUCAUUUUGGGUCACUUAGGUCCAAAUGAUGACUGUUGAUCACUAAUGGAGGGGAUCCUAAAAUAAAUUGAUACCAAAUGACUGACAACAGGAGCUCAGGCUAUUUCAAUGGUUUUAUUUUGCUUUUCUCACCAUGGAAGUCACACAAGAUCCAAGACUAAGUCUAACUCAGAGAAGGCAGUUUUCACAAAGAUUCUCCAUCCCCUUCCCAAAACAACUCCAGCCUUCCACAUCUAUAAAGGAAGGAGGCGACAGAGGAGUGGAGAAAUAAAAGAGGAAUCCUUGUUCAGAGAGACUCUUUCUGGCUCUCACUGUUUUCCUUGGUUCCCAGAGAUUUCUGCUUGGGAGUAUCUGACAUUUGUAAUCCUCUGCAUCUAUCCAUAAACCAAAAGUGUAGAGGCCUUUCUAGGAAUCUUGACACCUUGGGUAAAAAUCUUGAGCUCCUUACAUAAUAUACCAGAUUCAUUGAUCACUUUUUCUACCUAUAAGUAGAGUUUUAACCUAGACCAAGGCUUUAAAGAAGUGUUUUAAUUCAACAGGUAAAAGAUGGGGCCAAAUUGAAAGCCAUUAUGUAGGUGUCUGGAUGUUCAAACUUUUCUUGAGUUAACAAACUUUGAUGAAUACUGAAGAAAGGAUGGCAAAUUUGACAUUUUUUGUCUCGGUUAUCAGAUGAGUUUAAGAUGCCAACACUUAUAGUUUCAAUACCGAUCCAGAAUAAAAGUGAAAUGCAUAAAGGUUUCAGUGUAUUAUUUGUUACCUUUCUCCCUCUCCUCCUAUGAUGCCUAAUAUUUGUGUUCAUGAUUCCAAAGAUCCAAGUAUUUGAUAUUCUGUGUUCAAUAUUAAGAGUAUUUUGUAUCUUAUUCUGUAGAUACAAAUAGAUGGUUUUCAUAUGUAUUUAUACUUAAGUACCAUUAUUAAUCUUCUCCAAGUUGCUUAUUGCAUAAGAUCCUGCUUUUUACUGUGAGAAAAUUCUGAAAGAGAAAUGAGAGAGCCCAAAAUUCAAAGUCUGAUCAUAUCAAGCACUCUCAAAAUUUUACAGUUUUCAAUAGUAUAGUUAAUCAUUAUUAUAUAAUAGAAUAAUAGGAUCUGAGGGACUUAGGGAUUUCUAAAAAGGAAAUAGUCCUGAAUUUUAGGAAAUAAGGUAAGCUUUGUCAUUUUUUCCUCUCCACCCUUUAGGAAACCAUGAAUAUGUCAGGAGUCAACACGGUGACUGAAUUCAUACUCCUGAGUUUUCCCUGCUCCAGAGAGGUUCAGGUCCUCCUCUUCAUGCUGUUCUCUGUGUCCUACAUCCUGACUCUAGUGGGGAAUGGGGCAAUCGUCUGUGUGGUGAGGCUGGAUCACAGGAUUCACACUCCCAUGUAUAUUCUGCUGGCCAACUUCUCAUUCCUGGAGAUCUGUUACAUCAAUACCACUGUUCCCAAUAUGUUAAAGAACUUCCUUUCUGAGACCAAAACCAUCUCUUUCACUGCCUGCUUCCUCCAGUUCUACUUCUUCUUUUCCAUGGGCACCACUGAGACCUUCUUACUGCCCCUCAUGGCUUUUGAUCGGUACUUGGCCAUCUGUCGGCCUCUCCACUAUCCUACCAUCAUGAGCAUUCCUCUCUGCAUGAACUUGGUGGCCCUCUGCUGGGUAACGGGCUUCCUCUGCUAUCCGGUCCCUAUCUAUUUUAUCACACAACUCCCCUUUUGUGGCCCCAAUACCAUUGACCACUUUGUUUGUGACCCUGGUCCUCUUCUGGCCCUGUCCUGCAUCCCUGCUCCUGGAAUUGAGCUUUCCUGUUCUAUUUUGAGCUCUCUUAUUAUCUUCAUCACCUUCUUUUUCAUCCUUGGGUCUUAUACUCUGGUUCUCAGAGCAGUGUUGCAUGUCCCUUCAGCAGCUGGCAGACGUAAGGCCUUCUCCACCUGUGGUUCCCACCUGGCUGUAGUGUCACUGUUCUAUGGAACCCUCAUGGUCAUGUACAUCAGCCCAACCUCUGGAAAUCCAGCUGGCAUACAGAAGAUUGUAACCUUGUUGUACUCAUCAGUGACCCCACUUGUAAACCCACUGAUCUACAGUCUCCGGAACACGGACAUGAAGGCUGCCUUAAGAAAAAUUCAAAUGUGCACAAAAAUUAGUCAAAGUGAAUGAGAACUCAUCAGUGCAAGAUCAGAAUGAUUAUUUUUUCCCUAUCUGUAUUCCUAGUUUAAAAGUAGGUCUUCAUUCAUUUGCAGCUAGAAAUGCAGACACAAAUUCAUCUAUUUCUGCCUAGUCAAGUAAUGGACAAGAGUUCACCCAGUUAAAACAGACCUUGUCUUCAAAUAAAGAUUUGGUAGAUGGUAACUUGAGUUAAAUGACCUGGAUGUCUGAACUUUAGCCUCUUUUCCUACCCUGACCUUCAAAAACUGCCUAGCCUUUUAUCUGUGAUCACUUACCUGGUCCCUGACCUUAUGCUUUGUUGACCUCUAUUAGGUGCAUCCAUUCUUACACUUGGUCUUUUUGGCAUAAAGAUCUCUGCUCUGCUCCUGCAGAAGAGUGGAGUUUUCACACUUGUUAAGCUCAGAAAAAAGGGAAAUUAGUGCCAAUCAAAAUUGAGCCAAAAUUUUUAUUUAAUUGGCAUCCAAAAGACUAAUAAUGAUCUAAAGCACUGUCUCUCAAAAUUGUCUGUUUCAUAAUUAUUUGGGGAGCUUUUUAAAAGAGCAGAUCCCUGGACUUUUCUCCAAAUCUCCUAGAUCACAGUCUUUGAAGUGGACCUCAGAAAUUUCUAUUUUAAUGUUAAUCAGGUGAUUCUGAUGCACCUUGACCUUAUAGAGCCACUGUUUUAAAUAAAUAUGUGACAUGGGCAGAGAAAUGAAAAUCUGAUGUUAGUCAGGAAAAGUGAAAGAAGUUACAAUGAGCACUACAAGUGACUGAAAAACUCAUGACAAUAGCAGUAGAAGUUUCGUUUCCUGCCUUGAUUUCCAAGUCUUCCAUUUAUUAAACAAGGAAUAGAUUAUAUUCUUCCUACCUUUUCCUACCUGUGCAAGAUAAUUAAGAUAUCUGGAAAUAGGUUUACAUUUUAAAAGAAGUUUAGCAUGUAGUGGCAUUAGAAUUUGGGUUAGUUUCAUGUGAAGGAAGGUUGAGUUGAACACAUAGCCCUAAAGAGGUAAAAGCAGACAGAGAGCAAAAGUCAGUGAUUCUAAGAUGCUGAGAUUAAGACAGGUUCAGAGGCAUUUGAUGAUAGCUUCAGGUUAUUGGGCCAAACAAUUGGUCAAAUGUAAAUUGAUCAGUUGGUAUGUGGGAUUGGUGCAUUUCAUUCAUUCAAUAAACAAUUAUUUACCUGUUUGAUGUGCCCUGAAUUACAUUUAUGUAGAAGACAAAGUCCCUGCCUCUGUAAAACUUACAUUCUAGUGAGGGAGACAGAUAAUAAGCACAUGAAUGCAUAAACAUAUAAUUCCCGAAGUUGUAAGUAAUAUAAAAAGAAUAAAAGAGAAUAUAAAUAUAAAAGUUGUUGGGGUAGGAUAGGGCAUAAUUUAGACCGGAUGGUCAGAGAAUGUUUUUGUGAGGAGGUGAUAUUUCAAAGUAAGAGUAUAAGCCAUUCAACAAUCUAAGGGAAUUAAUUUCCAUGUAAGUGCAGGUAUAAUUAUGGGGUUUUCAAAGAUAAUAGAAGUUAAUUUUGGCUAUCCAGAGGAAAAUGGUUUAUGAGGGUGGAGAGGUAAGCAUUAUCAGAUCAUCUGGAACUUACUAGGACACAAUAAAGUGUGUUUUAUCUCAAUGCUGAGGAAGCGUGUUCAAUACUGGGUACUAAGGGGAAGUCAGUAAAAAUUCCACCUUAAUAAAUCCCAUCUUAGUAAAUUCCGUACCUUCUAAGUAGUUCUUAACUUGGAAUUACUUAUUCACCAACAUGUUUAACUAAAAAUGCCUUUACUGUAUUCUUCCUUGUUCCAUCAAGGAUUUGAAAUAUCCAACAAGCAACAUAGAAAAAAAGAGAAAAAUGAAUUUAAGAAGAAAAAAGUAGAAUGAAGGUUUGUGAAUCAUAAGAUCCUGUGCUGGUAAAAAGUCAAGUCCCUGAAUGUGUUAUGAACUCCCUGUAAAGCAAAGUGAGGAAUGGGAAAACAUUAUGUGUUGUAUGAUUUUAAUUAUCUGUGAAAACAAGACAAAACAAACCACAGGAUCCUCAGGGGAAGCUAAAUUACUGGCUCCUAGUUUUAAAAUAAUUUCUUUCAUGGGGAUUCAUAUAUGAGGGAGUCAGAGAUAUAUGAACAGUGGUCUCCCAAAUAGUGUUUUAUAUAUAUAUAUAUAUAUAUCUGGUUCAGUAGAGCUGCUGCUUAUGGCAUUCCUCAAUAAAAUUCAAAAGCAUUAUGUAGAAGUAUAACUCAAUAGAAGAAAUUCAUCCCAGACCUAAGAAUUAUGGUCUAAAUAUCACCUUUCUGAUGAUCUCUCUUAACCCAAAAGUCUGACGCAAAAUAACCUAAGAAUAAAAUUGAGUUAAUUACAUGCCUACCCAAGUCAAAGAUUAAUAACUCUUAAAUUUGGAUACCAAAGUUCUCUUCUGUCAUGUAGAAGGUAACUUUGGAAGCGUUUUCACAAGAAUGAAAGGAAAUGUUGAUAUGAUAUAUUUGCCUCAAGAAGUUUAUUAGAUUUCUUUCUCCACUGGAGGUAAUUUUCCUAUACAGGGCUCUCACACCUGUUUUUUCAAGAAGAGUGAGGGGUUGAAGGAAAGGGUGACCUAGAAAUGAAAAAGAGGCAGGAAGUUUUGGGAAGAGUUAUUUUUGACGUGAUUGAAAGUUAAGGGCAAACCUUUCUCAGUACUGAAUUGUUUGAAAUUUGAUAUUAGUUUUCCCAUUUACACCCUGUUAGAUAGUGUAGUUAAAAGAUCAAGUUGGCACAUAAAUAUCGAGGUAAUACAUAAUGUACCUGUACAUAUUAAACUAUAUUCUAACCAACAUCCAUUCCUGAUGAAAGUUCUUAUCAAACUGAGGAUAGAUAGAAACUUCUUUGAUCUAUAAAGAACAUUUUAAAAAACCUAUAGCUAAUAUCAUAUUUAAUGGUGAAAGUGAAUGCUUUCCCCCUAAAAUCAGAGACAAGACAAGAAUGUUUGCCCUCACCACUUCCAUUCAACCUUGUACUGGAAGUGAUAGUGCAAGCAGGCAAAGAAAAUAAAUAAAUGGCACCCAGAUUGCUAGAAAGAAGUAAGAUUAUGUUUCAUUAGAUGUGAAAUGAUCGUCUGUGUAGGAUAUUCAAAGAGAUCUACAAAUAGGCUGCUAGAACUAAUAAGUGCGUUUUGCAAGAUUUCAAGAUACAAGAACCAUACACAACUGUCUCAUGUAUUUCUAUAUGCUUGUACUAGUAACAAUCAGAAACAGAUAUAAAAAUAAUGCCAUUUACAAUAGCUUCAAAAGUAUUAGAGAUAAAUCUGAUAAAAGAUGUGUA